GUUUGUCGUUGCAAGAUAGAGGCGUCACUUCUUGAUGAACUGGAAGUUGACAAACAUCAAAAACCAUCAACACAGUCACAAUACACCACCAAAAACAACAAUGGACAAGAUCAAGAGUUUCCUCGGCGGUAGCGGCAGCUCUGGCAGCGCCGCUGCUCAAGCUCCAGCGCCCGCAGGCGCCGUAGAGAACCCAGACAAGGUCAUCCUCCACACUACCCUCGGAGCCAUCACUGUCAAGCUCUUCUCUCAGCAGACUCCACGCACUUGCACCAACUUUGCAACUCUUGCAAAGACUGGAAAGUACGAUGGGGUCAUCUUCCACCGUAUCAUCUCUGGCUUCAUGAUCCAGGGUGGUGACCCAACUGGCACUGGACGCGGAGGUAGCUCGAUCUAUGGCAAUAAGUUUGAAGACGAGAUCGUACCUUCGCUCAAGCACGAUGCCAAGGGGACCCUUUCCAUGGCGAACGCCGGACCAAACACCAACGGCAGCCAGUUUUUCAUCACCCUUGGCCCGACCGCUCACCUCAACGGCAAGCACACCGUCUUCGGCAAGGUCGUCGAGGGCAUGGACGUUGUCGACAAGCUCGGUGCGGUCCGUACUGGUGCCGGUGACCGCCCCGUCAGCGAGGUGAAGAUCGAGCGCACCGAGGUGUUCUAAAUGCAAUGCGCAGGAACAACAACAUCCAAAAGCGAGUGUAACACUAUUGAAGUGCGCUGAACAAAAAAGUCAAGCCAAGCACACAAAAUAAGCCCGAAAUGAACUAGGCUAUUCCGCCGCAAUCCUUGACCAUUGUGUUUACGAAAGCUCAACAUUGAACGAUGGCGAUAACGUGCAGAUGACAUGUUCGCCUUUUCCCGUCCAAGUCAGCUGCCUCUUGGAUCUCAGCAUCACCGACCACCUUGUAUACUUGUAGUCGCGUUACUGACAAUCCAUUGCCAUGGCGGGUGCGGACGUGCAGCAGGAGUGAGCGACGAACUGGGGUCUCUCAGUGCUCGAGCUAGUGAUGGGCAACGUCAAGUUCACAGUCAAAAGAAAAGUACUAGACACAAGAUAGGAACCACGUCUCUAAAAUUUUGCCAGAG